AUGAGUUCUCGAACAAGUCUACGCUCAAUCCUGCGCGGUUGGUUUGCGACGGACAAGUAUUCUGACACUGACUCAGAACCGGAUGAUCAGGAUCAGGAUCAGGCACUGGACCAGGGGAGCAACGAAGCCAUCUUCCUCUCCGACGACCGCUCAAUGAACCGCGAGGCCGUAUCAGAGGUAGUCGACAUGAUAGCCCAGCGCUUUAGCCACAUCCCCUACGCCGUUAGCGGUCUCGCGGCCAUGGUCUACUACGGCUACGAGGCGAGGCCGUACAGAGUGAGCAUCGUGUGUCCCGAGCACACGCGCGAGAACCAAAAGUGCUGGGCCAGGGCGCAGGGCAUGAUCCCCAUCCCGCGCCAGCGACACGUCUGGGGCGUCGCGACCUCUGACGGCAUCCUCCAGCAGAUCCGCGUGAGGUUUCCCUACGAUUUCAACGAGAUGCAUGCCCUAAAAAUAGGCACCGCUGGCAGCCUCCCCGUCUCCAUGUUGUCGCUAGCGGGGCUGGCUGAUGAGCUUGCGAGGACCUAUGUUAAUGAGCUCAAGCACUCGGACCACGACAGGCAGGAGAAUCUGGCACACGAGAUGAUCUGGAUCCUCAAGAGAAUCAUCCAGUGCAGAUUACCUGAGCAUGCCCUGCGGCCCGAGAGGAUACCGCACCUUAUCAGGGAGACGUUCUGGCUGCCCUUUACGCUAUCCUAUCCAGAAACAGUGCCUCUAUUUGCAAAGGCGGGAUGGAGCAUUCCCGACGAGGGAUGGCAUUGA